AUGCCUCUAGUCUAUCUCUCCCAGCCGCCUGUGAAUGCCGCCUGUGAAAACUACAUUCUUUCGGCCUGCAAGCCUAAUGAUCCCAACGCUAAUGAACGGCGUAAGGAGAACGCCCAGCGACUUAUAGACGCUGGCGUCGUCGACGGGCUACAGACCGAAUGGAAACUGGAGAGACUCCUCUUCGAGCUCACCGAGACCUCUGAUACAGCUUUUAACAACGCCGAGGCCAACAAGAGGCGUGUACAAGAGGCCCAUUGCCGCUACUGGGAGGCAAUUGGAUAA